UUAAACAAUUAAUGAUCUCAAAAUUAAUUGCUGGAAGUUGUAUCAUCCUAAAGACAUUUCCGUCACUGUUUCUGGGAUCUGUCUUAUGUUGCAGUCUGUACAAAAAAAAGCUUUGUAUUUAUAAUUUUAAUUUCUUGCAGAUUUCAUCUCAACAAGCAAUCAAAACCCAUAUUUUAGAAGAGUGAGGUUUGAUGUCUCAGCAAUGGAGAAAAAUGCUUCCAAUUUAGUGAAAGCGGAAUUUAGAGUUUUCCGCUUACAGAAUCCAAAAGCUCGUGUAUCAGAACAACGGAUAGAACUGUAUCAGAUGAUCAAAAACAAAGAUCCCACAUCACCUACACAACGCUAUAUUGAUAGCAAGGUCGUGAAAACAAGAGCUGAGGGUGAAUGGUUAUCUUUUGAUGUAACUGAGGCUGUACAUGAAUGGCUCCAUCACAAAGACAGGAAUUUGGGACUUAAGAUCAGUUUACAUUGUCCGUGCUGUACAUUUGUGCCUUCAAAUAAUUAUAUUAUCCCAAACAAAAGUGAAGAAUUAGAGGCAAGAUUUGCAGGUAUUGAUGACCACCCUUAUUCCAGUGGUGAGAAAGCUUUAAAGUCGAGUAGGAAAAAAUACAGUGGGAAGAGCCCACAUCUUCUGCUAAUGUUAUUACCCUCCUACAGACUUGAGUCGCAACAAUCCAGUCGGCGGAAGAAGCGUGCUUUAGAUGCUGCUUAUUGUUUUAGGAAUGUGCAAGAUAACUGCUGUCUACGUCAAUUUUAUAUUGAUUUCAAGAAAGAUCUUGGAUGGAAAUGGAUACAUGAACCUAAAGGAUAUCAUGCAAAUUUCUGUGCAGGAGCUUGUCCCUAUUUAUGGAGCUCAGACACUCAGCACAGUAGAGUGCUUAGCUUGUAUAACUCAAUCAACCCAGAGGCAUCUGCAUCUCCCUGCUGUGUAUCUCAGGAUCUGGAACCCCUCACUAUCUUGUAUUACAUUGGCAAAACACCCAAAAUUGAACAGCUUUCAAAUAUGAUUGUAAAGUCUUGCAAAUGCAGCUAAGGGAUGUAUUGGAGCAUUUUGGAAUAUGUAUAUUUUUUUUUCCUCUGGAGAGAAAAGAAGAAAAAGAAACAUUCAAAAAGAAGGAAACAAAAAAUAUAUAUCAUCCAUGGUUUUUAAAAAGAAAAAAAAAAGAAAAUGAAACGGUACUAGUCUGAAUGGAUUGAAAGUUGGUUUCACUGUUUCGUGUUUUGUUUUUAAACGGUCAUCUGAUGCAAAACCGUGACGCCUUAUCCUACAUUUCAUCUACUUGGUUAGUGAGAUAGACAUGAAGCAUUUUUUAGGAAAGCAGAAAUACUAACAAGAAAGAAAAGAAAGGAAACGUUUUUUAAAAAAAUAAACACUGGAAGAAUUUGUUAAGAGUUCUUAUGUGAAAGGAAAAAACAGGAAAAACCCAUUAAGUGGAGUUGCUGUAUCUAUCCCGUGGCUUACUUGAUUUUUAUAUUGUUAUGCCAUAGAUGCCCUAUCUGUUCCUUGUAGUUUUUAGAAUUAACAGUGCAUUAUUUAUUUUUGUGUAAUGCGAUCAAACAAGAAUAUGUAUUGCCCUAGGGGUUAUGGGGACAGACUAGAAAGACACAAAUAAUCAGACCAAAUAAACGACUAAAAAUGUUUUUAAUCUCUGGGGAACAUGAACUCAGAAAUAUCCUGAAAACAAUAAUUAGUUUAUCCCAAUUAAAACAAAACUCUGUUAUUACAUCAUUAAGAAAGCCUACUAUAAAAGAAGAGCCACACACACCUUGUUUUCUUGCGGAAAGCCUGAGAGGGCUUCUCAUAUCAUUGUUAUAAUACUGAGGAGGUUAUUAAUAAAGGACAUUCUGUUUUCGUCUCAAAGACAAAUCUAUUAAGAUUAAAACAACAACUGUAAAUGAAUAAACUGUCAAUUUAGUAAGCCAGUGAAAUAUUUAACAUGUACCGGUCUCAUCUUCAGACCCUAAUAUGUUGCUGUAUAGCUAUGCUUUGAGAUUGUUUUUGAUAUAUGUAACCACACCUAUAAUAUUAAAAAAAGGGUGGAUAGUAAGAAGCCAGCUAAAUUGGAAACGUAUCUGUAGAUCUCUAUUGUAAACUAUUAAAAAAUUAAGUACUUUA